CCCACCUCCCCCGCCUCGCGUCGCGCAGCGCUCCUCGCCUACUUUUCCGCCACCGCCGUAGCCCAGUCCACAGCCGCCGCCGCGAGCGGGUUCCGUGGGGUACUGGGCCACGCCACUGUCGCACUCCUCCGCCGCACCCCCGGGCCUCACGGAACGGUCGGUCUUGUGCCCCGUCGGCCGGAACCCAUAUCCUUCUAGUCGGCUGGCACCGCAGCAUGGUCCUGGCCGGCCCGCGCGCCGCGUCACCUCGCCUGGCGCCGUGGCCCCGCUCGCGCUCGGCCGCCGCGGCCUCCUGACGCUGCCUGCCGGCCCGGUUGGAGAGGGUAGGAGGGGAGGGAGCUAGCGGCGGCAUGAAGGACGACGGGACGAGCUCCGCGGCGGAGAUGCUGUCUCCCCGGCUGCUGGUGUCCGCCUCCAGCCGCGUCCAGGAGCUCGAGAAGUUCUCGCAUUACGUCGCCAGGCAAAUUGGCUUUGACGAUGUCAAGGAAUGCCCCCACCUGUGCACGCUAGCUUAUGAUUAUCUGAGGAAGAAUAAGGGUUAUGAAGAGAACAUUUUUGCAUUCUUCCAAAAUAACUUGGAUCCUGAACCCCUGAUUGUGAAGUUUAUAGAGGAGCUUGACAAGUGUAUACUUGGCUACUUCUCCUUCCACUGGAAAUAUGCAACUUAUAUAAUUACCCAGGUUCUCACUGUAGAAGGUGUGACCAAAAGAAAGUUCAAGAACAUGGUGUUAGAGGCCACCAGGGAACAAAGAUUCGAGAGGGUGGCAAGAAGCUUGAAGGUGACUAGGUUUUUCUCCACACUGGUUGAGGAACUGAAGGCUAUCGGACCAUCAAGCCGUGAAGAUUCACCACGAAAUGAUGUAAUGGUCCCUGUAGCGCACUGCAACCGCAGCCCAGUUUUACUCUUGAUGGGUGGUGGGAUGGGAGCCGGCAAGAGCACUGUACUUAAAGAUAUCCUCAAGGAAGCAUUUUGGUCUGGAGCAUCAGCGAAAUCAGUGGUGGUGGAGGCAGAUGCGUUCAAGGAAACAGAUGUAAUCUACCGAGCCAUUAGCUCUAGAGGCCAUCACAAUGACAUGCUGCGGACAGCAGAGCUGGUGCACCAGUCAUCAUUGGACGCAGCCUCCUCACUACUUGUCACCGCCCUCAAUGAAGGCCGGGAUGUGAUCAUGGAUGGCACUCUGUCCUGGGAGCCGUUCGUGCAGCAAACGAUUGCCAUGGCUAGGGACGUGCACAGGCAGCGGUACCGCAUGGGACGUGGCUACAAGGUCAGUGAUGACGGGACCAUAACCGAGGAGUACUGGGAGCCGGUUGAGGACUCUAGUAGCGAAGAGGAGAAUGAGGUGACAGGAAGGAAGCCUUACCGGAUCGAGCUUGUCGGUGUGGUCUGCGAUGCAUAUCUAGCAGUUGUCAGGGGAAUCAGGAGAGCUGUAAUCACCGGGAGGGCAGUGAGGGUGAAGUCACAGCUGCAGUCUCACAAGCGAUUUGCUACUGCUUUCAAAAGCUACUGCAGCCUAGUCGACAACGCAAGGCUCUACAGCACCAACAGCUUGGGUGCUGCUAAGUUGAUAGGAUGGAAGGACGGCGGGAGCAGCUUGCUGGUGGAUCCCGAAGAGAUCGGCUGCUUGGAGAGAGUGAGCAGCUUGAACGAGGAGGCCGACUGCGUCCACGAGCUGUACGCCGACGGCCAACCGACCGGCGGCUUGUCGUCCGUGUGGCAGGACAUGGUCAUGUCGCCGUCGAGGGCGUCGGCGCAGCGGGAGCUCAAGGCCGCCAUCGAGAAGGGCGAGGCGCGCUUCAGACCCGCAUAACCGUAGCCGCGGUCUGACUGGCGUACCAUCCCAGGAAAGAAAGAAGUUUAUGUAAACUUGAUUGUGGAGAUAGCCUAUCAUUUUUGGCUUCUUCACCUUAAAAUAAACAUACCAUGAUUCCUAUGAAUUUGCGAUCCCAAUUGAUUUCCAUAUCAA